CCCCCAGUGGGUGGUGACGUCACAGAAAGAAGAUGGCCCCCGUGCUGAAGGCGGAAGAGAGGCAGCGUGGGCGGCGGUGCGUUGUGUGAGUCAUCCUGCAUGGACUUGUCGCCAUGAGCAACAAGGAGAUGGUUUCCACGGAGACAGAGAACAAGGGACAGAGGAAGGUGUUCCUCCCCAACAAGCUGAUGGAGUGCCUUCCUCGUCUCUCCAGUCUGCCCAACGACCGGCUCCGCUGGAACACCAACGAGGAGAUUGCGUCCUACCUGAUCUCCUUCGACAGACAUGAUGAGUGGCUCUCCUGCUCCCUGAAGACCAGGCCCAAGAAUGGCAGCAUUGUCCUCUACAACCGGAAGAAGGUGAAGUACAGGAAGGACGGGUACUGCUGGAAGAAGAGAAAGGAUGGGAAGACCACGAGAGAGGACCACAUGAAGCUCAAGGUCCAGGGCAUGGAGUGCCUGUACGGUUGCUACGUCCACUCCUCCAUCGUGCCGACAUUCCACAGACGCUGCUACUGGCUCCUGCAGAACCCGGACAUCGUGUUGGUCCACUACCUGAACGUGCCGUCCCUGGAGGAUUCUGGGAAAUGCAGUCCACUGCUGUGUGCAGUGAGUGACCGCCAUGACAGCGUGAGGUGGAGCCAAGAAGACCUGCUGAGCCAGCUGAGGCCCAUGUUUCACAGUAUUGGGUGCUCUGUGUCUUCGGGGGACUUCAGCAUCGAGGACUUGGUUCAGCACAUUCUGGACCUGCAGAGAACCAAACCUCAGCCGCGAACACACGCCUGCCUCUGUGACACGGCCCAAGUGUCUUCAGGUGUGAACAUUCCCCACCGCUGCAACAGCACCAAGCAUCGCAUCAUCUCCCCCAAACUCCCCCCCUCCGCCUGCAGACCGCCCCCCCUCACAGCAGAGGGAGGAGGAGCCAAACCUCCCCGCCUCCAGGCUCAGAGCAGCCCCGCCUCUUCUCCCUGCCCCUCGUCCACCUCCGCCUCGUCGCCCCCUUCGCCUAAUAGGGCGACCGUCACCGUGGGUAACCACAGCAACCACGGCGACUGCUGCGGCAACCUGACGACGGUGGCGCUGCCCCAGAACGCUGUCAUCGUCAUGGCAACGACCGCCACCCUCAGAGGAGAGGCAACGGGGGCAGGAGGCGAGGAGGCGGGGCUUCCGCUCCCGCGCCCGGGCCACUUACUGCUCUCUCCUGCUCUGCCGUCUCCCACUGCCAGCGGGCCCGCCUCACCUCCACCCCCCCCCUCACUCCCUCCUCCCCCCGUCCAGGCGCCAGAGGUUGCCACCCUCUCCCUCACGCUCCUCCCCUCCCCCGUCGUGGGAGGCCUGCUUGUCACCCCCCUCUGUUCGCCUCCUCCUUCCGCCGCCUCCCCACCCGCUAAAGCACCGCCCCCCCUGUGUCCCUCGGUGGUACACCCGACCUUUGACCCUGACUCUUUUCUCAACUCCCCCAAACAGGGUCAGACAUACGGCGGGCCGCCUCCUCCCGCCUCCCCCAACCAGUCUCCUGUACUCUGCUCCUCCUCUCCCCUCUCUCCCCCCUCCGUAGCUCUCUCCCUCUCCCCCACCUCCACUCCUCCAUCCUCCGUGUCCCCUCCCUCAUCGCUGUCCUCGCUCUCCUCCUCCUCCUCCUCAGAGGCAGACAGGAGAGACCCUUCCUCCUACUCCUCCCCGCCCUCCUCCUCCCUCCCCCCUCCCCUCUCGCUGUCUCCCACCCCCUCUGUGACCCCGCCCCUGCUCCCCAUAUGUCUGGAGCUGGGAGCUCUGGGGGAGUCGCAAGGGGGGAGGCAGGCAGAGGAGUCAGGGAGAGAUGAUGAUGAUGAUGAUGAAGGCAUAGCUCCUCCCACAAAGCUCGCUCUGCUGCAGACAAGCCACGCCUCCCCCUGCCUGUCACCACGGCAUCACACAGGAAAGAGCGCCGCCUCGUUGGACUUGGUAGGCCGACCCCCCCAGCCGGCCAAUGGGACGCAGCCAUUGGUCCUGGCCCCGCCCUACGAUCGCCUGUCUGUACCAGGAGCUCUGUCCGGUAGCUCCGCCCCCGGUGCUGUCGCAAUGCACACUGGUCACCUGACCACGCCCCCUGUGCAGGUGAAGAAGGAGGGGACGCGAGGCUACGACCCGGAGGAUGCCUGCAUGGACACGAACGUGGAGGAGGAGGCGGAGCCCUGCGAGCGAGGAGGGGAGGAACUUGACAUCUCUUUUGACAGCCAGUUCCCCGACCUCAUCUCUGACCUCAUCACCGAGGUGGCCAAUCCCGCGGCUGUUCACGGCGCCGCCCAGAACUCACCCGUGUUCCUGGCGGGGGUGCGGUACAUGGUGCCUCCCCAACCCUCACCCUCCUCCUCCUUCCUCCCCUUUCCUCACCCACUCGCCUCCACCACCCCCACCCGCCUCAACGCCAUCACUGACUUCUCCCCAGAGUGGUCCUACCCCGAGGGAGGCGUGAAGGUAUUGAUCACAGGACCUUGGAUGGAGCUGUUGGGUCGAUACUCGUGUUUGUUUGAUCAGAGCAGAGUUCCUGCAGCGCUGAUCCAACCUGGAGUUCUACGCUGCUACUGUCCUGCCCACCAGGCCGGUCUGGUGGUUCUCCAAGUUCUGGAGUCUGGAGGUUCUGUCUCAUCUUCGGUUCUGUUCGAGUACCGAGCGAGGAACGCCAGCUCUCGGCCGAGCUCGCAGCUCGACUGGCUCUCAUUGGACGAUAAUCAGUUCAGGAUGUCCAUCCUGGAUCGGCUGGAGCAGAUGGAGCGCAGGAUGGCAGAGAUGGUUUCCCGGGACAACAACCAGCAGCAUCAUCAACAUCAACAUGGCAGCCAGCUGGCAACGGCCCCCCCCCCCCCUCUACCCCAGGACCGUGAACAGUGGUUCGAGAGGAGGAUUGUGGGAGUUUGUGAGCGGAUGAUGAGAGGCGGACGUUGGGGGGGGGGAGGAGGAGAGAGGCUUCAUCACUCGGCCCGUCACCGCGGGAUGACCCUCCUCCACCUGGCUGCUGCUCAGGGAUACACACACCUGAUACACACUCUGAUGCACUGGAGGAGUGUGAACAUCGACAGUCUGGACUUGGAACAGGAAGUAGAUCCUCUCAACAUCGACCACUUCUCCUGCACGCCACUGAUGUGGGCGUGUGCUCUGGGACACCAGAGGGCAGCGGAGCUCCUGUACAGGUGGAAUAGCUCCGCCCUCGGGCUCCCUGAUUCUCUGGGCCGGCUGCCGCUCGCCGUGGCUCGCUCCCGAGGACACACCCACCUCGCCACGGCGCUGGAGGAGCUGCACACGCACAUUACGCCCAGGGACACGCACACGCCACAACCACAGCCGUCCCCGUGCCCCCCGUCCACCAGCCCGGACACAGGUCUGAGCUCAUCCAGCAGCCUCCCCUCCCCUGGUGACCCCUCCUCCCCCUCACCGAGCUCCGCCUACUCCAGCGCCCCCGCCCCCAUGGACACCUCCCCCUCCUCUCCCUCGUCUCUCUCUUCCUCUUCGCUGCCGGUCUCCCCCCCUUCGCCCUCGUCCCCUCCCCUCCUCCCUGUGUCCGUGUGGGGGGAGGAAUUGAGCUCCAGUCUCGGCUCAGGUUUGAUGCCUGGAGGCUGCAGAGACUCUCCGCUGUACCUCAUGGACUACGAGAGCAGCCACACACACACAAACACACACGUUCACGCCCCCCUGGCAGGGGGCCGGCGUGAGCUGGAGGAUGAGCUGCUGAGCUACAGCGAGAACGCUGAGAACGAGGGGGAGGAGGAGGAGCUGCAGGUUGACAUGGCGACGCUGGCGGCGCAGAUCAUCGAGGCGACCCCCGAGCGAAUCAAACAGGAGGACUUCCCCGGGGGGGCGGAGUCACCACUCAAAGAGAGGCGGGACAACAUCCCUCUACAGGACACCUGGCUGGCCACUUACCUCGACACGGUCGACGCUCAAACGCACUCCCCGCCCAGACGGGUGUGCCCCCCCUCGCCCCUUAGUGCCCUGGCCCUUCACAGGCUCCGCCCCCCUUCCUCCGCAGCGUGGGCGGAGUUCCUGAACGCCUCGGCCAAUGGGAAGAUAGAGAGGGACUUCUCCCUGCUCACACUAACGGACGGGGAGCAGAGGGAGCUGUACGACGCGGCGCGGAUCAUCCAGAGCGCCUUCAGGAGAUACAAGGGUCGGAGGUUAAAGGAGCAGCAGGACGUGGCUGCAGCCGUCAUACAGAGAUGCUACAGGAAGUACAAACAGCUAACAUGGAUAGCUCUGAAGUAUGCUCUCUACAAGAAGAUGACCCAGGCGGCCAUCUUGAUCCAGUCCAAGUUCAGGUCCUACUACGAGCAGAAGCGGUUCCAGCAGAGCCGGCGGGCGGCGGUCCUCAUCCAGCAGUACUAUCGCAGCUACAAGGAGUACGAGAGGCUGAAGGGGGGGCCCAGGGGGGCCGCAGGCCACAACCCCAAGAUCAAGGGCUCGUUCCUCACCAAGAAACAGGACCAGGCAGCUCGCAAGAUCAUGAGGUUCCUGAGACGCUGCAGGCACAGGAUCAAGGAGCUGAAGCAGACCAGAGAGCUGGAGAGGAGAGGACUGACCACUUGAACGUUCUUCAUUAAUCUCCUGGGUUGGACUUUAAAGGACAAAGAGACGUCUCACGCGUCUGUCCUCCGCUCUCUUCACAAACAGGGGUCCCGCGCUGAGCUUUUGAUCCCUGAUCAGAGCCGUCCAGGCAGCACAUGAUGUAAACAUACUAAUAUUCACUCCACGUGUCACGUUUAUAUUCUAAUGUACGGAGACGCGUUCGGCCUCAACAUGAGGAUCGGGUUCAUGUCUUUGACGGGGUCAACCAUCCACUGCACGAUGCAUGCUGGGAUACUUGUCUGAGGUCAGCAGGGCCGGAGCCAGAUGGAGCUCCGCCCAUCGGUCCUGGCAGGCUCAGCUCAGGGCGAAUCGUUCCCACGGCAACCAACCAAUUUGAGUCAGACUGAAUGUUUUAGGUCUUCAAGGGUUAAGAAACAUUGCUAACAAAGUUACUUAAGAGAUAUGAAACACAAUCAAGUAUUGAAAUGUGUGUAUUUAGCAAUGUUUCUUAACUCUUGCACAACAAACUGUGCAAUUAAUUAGUUGACUUUUUUAAACUACUGACAGUCCUAAUAUAUGUGUAUGUGUAUAUAUAUAUAUUAUUAUUAUAUUCUAAAAUAAUGUCAGAUUUUAUAGAUGCUAUGGAUGUUGAUAUUUAUUACAGCAUGACUUAUUAAUGUGAGUGAAUGACGGUGUGUGUGUGCACUUAUUAUGAGGUUGAGUCUUAAGAACCCCCCAACGACCUCUGACCUCAGCUUUCAGACAUUAUUUGAUAGAACGCCUCAAUAAACCGGGUUUCUGCAUGAAACUAAAUAUGUAUUAUUACAUUAGUGGAUUGUUUAUAACAUUAAAAGAUCAUCAGAUCAUUUGGAUCUGUUUCAUUUUGGACUAAAUCAGAUCUCAGAUCAGGAGAGGGCUGCGAUGACGUCACAGGUCAGAGGUCAAAUGCUUUAAUGCUUUCCACACAUUCGGGACAAUCGGAUUCUGUUGCUCCGGUUUUAGUUUUUUUAAGCGUCUCCUGUGAGGCGGAGACUGAGAUACUGCGUCUUCACGGCAACAUUGUCCGUUAGCCAGCAUGAGCUUCUCCUUUUACACCAGAUGUUGAACGGCUUGUUUUCUGUUUGACCUGAAACCACUUAUUUCACUUCUACUACUAUAACCUCUCCAGCAGAUCCAGUGAAGCUUAGCAGAGUUUGUCUUUAUUUUUUCUCCAUGUGAAAACCAUUCAAAUGAGUCGCAUUAUUCUAAAAGUCAGAUGAAUAAACAGCUGUACGCUA